AUCUUGCGUAAUUUGAUAUCUGAUCUAUCUUUCUCACUUUCUUCUCUCUAAUAAUGAAUACUUCUUUCUUUUAUUCUGAGAAGCUUCUCCACCAGCCCUUCCUUCCCCAGCUUCCUCCUAUUCGGCCUUCCUGCCCCAAGAGAUUACGCAUCGUAGCAUCAGCUGCACGAAAGAACGGUCACGAUUGGGGUUUUGGAGGAAGAUUGGUGGAUGAGGACAUGAUCGUUCUGCGGAAGCGAAUACACGAGAUGAAGAUGGCGGAGAAGAAUAACGAGCCGCCUGUCCAUUGGAUGGAGUGGGAGAAGAGAUAUUACACGUGUUAUGAUUCGGACGUGUGCGAGGCAGUCGGGCUAUUGCAGACACUGCUGAUGAAUACUAGGCCAAGCUUGGCUAUUGGGAUGGUGGCAUUUGUUGGAUUGAGUGUCCCCACAUCGACGGUCAUGAUCAUGUUUCAUUUGAUUGAGUUGGCCAAAAGCAUUUGUUCUCACAUUUUAUGAAAUCGUUGUUGAGUGUAGAUAAAUAUAUAAAUAGCUUGGUUGGCCAUUUUUUGUACGGAUGGGAUAUUGAUAUGUUAUUAUUUCUAUUGGAUGAAUAAGUUUCGAUAUCACUCAUGCGUUGAGGUUUGGGAGGUA